AUGAGAUUACCAGGCUUCCCCAUGGAUGGAACCGUGCAUAUGUGGCUGCUGGCAGGGUUCAUCCAGGUGGUCAGUCUCUUGUGUGUGCAGUGGUCAGAUCCUGCGGUCGUGGUUGUUGAGGUUGUGUUUGGCCACUUCCCCACCAGUCAGGAUCCAGACUGGUACACCGUCUCCUACCAGAUUGCACACAACCUCACGGUGUGGCUGGAUCCGAUUGGCCGCUCUGAGUGUUCUCCUGACUGCAGGCUGUUUCUGCAAUUGGCUAAGGAGCCAGGAGGAAGUGACAUCACGCUGAAUGCUAUUAAAAACAAUACCACACUGAAGACUAAGACCUUUCAUAUCGCUCCUGUCCCCCCCUCCUCUCUCCGUGUCGAGGUGACCACCACCAGCACUCUCCUGACCUGCAGCCUACAGAACAGACAGAGCCUCACUGCUCUCAGUCUACACAACAUGCACAUCGAACACACACACACUGAAUACACACACACUGAACAGACACACUCUGACCACACACACACCUCUUCGUACGUAGUGAGAGGUCUGCAGCCUGGAGCACACUACAGCAUCACAGCAGAGUUGACCACACCUCUCACACACCUCAACAUCAGCCUCACCCAGAGACUACACACCACGAUGGAGACAGCCCAGUGUCCUAUUGGUUGGCUGGCGAGUGGAAGGAGCUGCCACAGUGUGAGUAGGCGGAGCCUGUCGUGGGGCGAUGCCAAGCAAACCUGUAUAGGCAUGGCUUCAGGAGGACACCUGGUGGAUGUUAAAACAGAGAGAGACCUCCUCCUCCUCUCCUCUCACCUGACUACACACAACAACCUACUACUGCUCUGGACCGCUCUCAACGACAGACUGGAUGAGGGGCUGCCCCGCUGGUCUGAUGGCUCCUCCUACAACCUGACGAGUGCUAUGACAUCAUCAUCACUGCCAGCCAAUCAGACGGACUGUUUUGCUCUACAGAGGAACACUACUGGACGAGGCUACUUCCUGACUUCGUUCUUUUGCCACAUUCCUUUACCCUAUAUCUGUCACUGGGAAAUCCCUCUCCUCCCUCCUUUAUUCAACUUUCACCUGGUGGAGGUAACAGAGAGAGAUGCAGAGCUUCACUGGAGUGACCUCACAUUCGUAAACUCCUCUCACCCUGCCCCCCAGCUCUAUGUCCAAUACCAAGAAGAGGAGGGAAAGGAGGAAAAACAUGGGGAAGAGAAGGAGAGGAGGACUGCAGGUCGAGUCCCAGUGUCUCUAUUCUCCAGAGGGCUGAAAGUGCCAGGCCUGUACCCAGGCAAGGUCUACUCUCUGUCCCUCAGAGCCUCCCACCUUACUGGGGCCGCAUGGAACCUGGGGAGCGUGCAGACUUGUCACACACGGCCCCUUCCCCCUCGAAACAUCACCAUUAGCAAUGUGACAGCCAGUCAGAUCACAGUAAGCUGGACAGCCCCAGACUCCCAGCAUGCUGUGCGGUGGAACUUUCUGGUUCGCUGGGAGGGUGUAGCCUCAGGCCUGGAGACUAGAAUGGUUGUGGCUAGCAGCGCCAGGUCCGCUGUGAUUGCAGGACUGGAGGGGUUCAGGAAGUACAAGGUCAGAGUUGACUCCGUCACAGAACAUGGUGUGGAGAGCUGUGGAGGGGAGGAACUGACCCUAUACACUGCGGUGAGCCCCCCAGGUGGUGUGGUUGUGUCUAGCAGAGGGGAGAAUCUGACAGCGUGCUGGUCCGCCCCGUCAGGUGAAAGCCCUGAUGGGUACUAUGUUAGGCUACGCCCCGUCAGCCAGGCCCGCCCCAUGGAACUGUGGGUAAAUGAGUCCAGGUGUGUGUUCCUGGCCAUAUUCAGUCCAGGGCAGAACUACGAGGUGGGUGUGGCUUCAGUGAGAGGAGAGAACAUGAGCCAAGAGAUCAACACCACAUACAGAACAGAGCCUGGGCCCGUGCAGGCAGCUGUCCCUCUCUCAGUAGGAAGCAGUUCUGUGGUUCUGUAUGUCCAGAGACCAGUACUGGGUGUGUGUGAUGGAGUGAGGGUGUGUGUAUGUAAGGGAGUGUGUGAGGGUGUGUGUGUGUGUAAGGGUGUGUGCGAUUGGUGGCCAUUCCCCCCAGGUAGGCACACAGUAACAGUUGGCAGCCUGACUCCAGGGGAGGAGUACCAUCUCAGUGUCUACAGCACCAGCCGACACAGGACCGGACCAGCAUACCAAACACACACACUCAGGACACGCCUGGCCUCUCCCAGUACUGUGAGAGAGGGCUCAGUAACAGAGUCAUCAAUAGAGAUGCUGUGGGAUCCAGCCUCUGGACACGGACACAACUAUGAAGUCAUCUGUCUCAACUGUCACCACACACUCAUGGUCCAGAAGGUGUGUGUUCCGAGGGCAGUGUUCUCUGGGUUGCUACCAGGCAGACUGUACCACUUCUCUCUGAGGACGGAGAAAGAGUCCUUCACAGACAGCCCCCCUGUCACACUCAGCAUCACUACAGCUCCCAGUCCAGUGAUGGUAUCAGUCCUCAGUAGGACCACAUCGUCUGUGACAGUUGGUUGGACCCAGGCCAGGGACGUUGUCAAAGGCUUCAUCCUGUCAAUCAUAAACCAAACCUCCAAUCAGCAGCUGAAACUCUCAGCCCAGGAGCCAUGGUCUUACAGGUUUGAGGACCUUUCCCCAGGAAGCUAUUACACAGUAUGUGUUAUCAGCAGCAAUGGAGAGAGGAGGAGUACACCGGCUUCUGUAGACUUCAACACCAUCCCAGCAGCCCCACAGGAAGUGCUGCUGAUCGAAGAGGAUGUGACCUUAUCAGUGUUUGUGAGCUGGGGAGCCCCAGCAGGGGGCGUGGAGGGGUACAAGCUGCUGUUGUGUCUGUCUGGGGACAAGUCAUCAUGUCGUGAGAUGGGGGUUCAUAUCAACAGUCUCCAGGUAGGAGGUUUGACCCCAGGAUCAGAUUAUGACAUCACCGUCCUGAGCCUGCUGUUAUCAGACUUCAGCCAGCCUGUCACUACACAGUUCUCCACACGUCCGGCCGGUGUGUGUUCCCUCUCUCUGCUCUAUGUUAACUCUUCCUGUGCCGUGGUGAGGUGGGACGCUGCCAUUGGCCAGUUUGACUUCCACAGGGUAACUGUUGGAAAUGGCUCGCAAGCACAUACGUUAGAGGUCUCCAAGGAGAGGCAGGUUGCUACAGUAACUGGGUUGAGGGAUGGCUGUAUGUACAACAUGAGUGUGGAGCGCAUUAGACGAGGAGAGGCAGGGACAGCUGCCUCCCUGACUGUUACCACAGUGCCGGGCAGUGUGCGUGGUGUAAAUGUGGUUAGUGUGUCUGCUCAGAACUUCUCUCUGCGUUGGGAGCAGUCAGAGGGGUGUGUGGACCAGUACCUCGUCAGCCUGCUGCCCAACCAAGGAACUGUCUCUGUCUACCGCACAGUCGACAGACUCGUACAGGCUGACGUAUCCAGUCUGAGUCCUCGAACAGUGUUUACGGUCAUGGUGACCGCCGCCUCCUCCUCCAACCUCAGCCCACCGGUCAGCCGUAUAAUCAACACCAACAAGACUGCCCCAACAUCCCCUCCCACCAAUCUAGAGGGGGAGAGGGUGGGCUCCAAUGGGAUCCUUCUGUCUUGGACCAUGCCCUCUGACUCCCAGGUCGACGGUUAUGUCAUCAGGUACAAAGAGGUGUGUCCAUAUCCAGACCCCACCUUCAAAGAGGUGACCAAACACCUGGACAUCCCUGAGACCCUUCUCAACCUCUUCUUACCAGGGUCUACCUAUAACAUCAAGGUUGCAGCAGAAAACUCUGCUGGUAUUGGACCCUAUAGCAAGUCUCUGUACAUUAAAACUGCUGAGGCUCCCCCAGGCCUGGUGACUAACCUGACAGCAUUUGCUGAGAACCACACGUUUGUAGUGGUCACUUGGCUCCUGCCACUCCGCAUCAACGGUCUGAUCACCAAGUUUGCGGUCAAAGCCAAACACGCUCGUACUGGUCAGACCGUCCGCAUACUGGAGCUGGAUGCUGAGGACAUCAUGACCGGAGCGCUACCACACUGCAACGAUGCAGCAGACAUUCUGUCUCGUGGGACCCCCAGUCCGUCAGAUGUGACAGCUCUGACAGCGUCCUCUCCUCCCGUCACCCUGUCAGCCGUCCCGCCCGCCGCCACCUGGGCCGUACCAAUAUCCGUAGGGGUGGACCAGCUGCGACCUUACACAGCAUACGUCUUCGAAGUGUCUGCUUUCACCUCCGACGGAGAGGGACAGGUCGCCUCCACCAUGGUCCGCAUGCCUGAGUCAGCCCCAGAGGACCCCCCCCACAACCUGUUGGUAUGGAACGUGACGUCUAAGUCGGUCUCUGUCUCCUGGGAUCCCCCAACCAUUGUUACCGGACGUUUCAGCUACGUUAUCUAUCUCUACGGCCCCACAGGGUUUAUCUAUGAGAACAGCACAUGGGACCUGAGGUUUGUGUACUCUGGUCUGACACCCUACACACGCUACAGAGUGGCGGUGCGGGCCAAGUCUGCUGGCCUGCUGGGGCCUGAGGCCUUUACUGCUGUACUGACACCUGCUGAGGCUCCCAGUGCAGUGCAGGCUCUGCAGGCAGUAGCAGUAGACUCUGUGUCGGUGCGUGUGAGUUGGAGAAGUCCUGCCCAGCCCAACGGUCUGAUCACACAGUACAGACUCCUGGUUCUUUCUGACAACACACUGCUACAGGACAUCACCCUCACUGGAACACAGGAUCUAAAUUACACUGAUCUCCUUGGUGAUGGAACGUUUGCUGCUGUUAUCCCUGACCACUCUCUCCGGCGUAAGAGAUCAACUGACAGCCUGACCAUCUCCCCACCUGCGUUCACGGUCACCCUCCCCGACCACACGCUCAUCACCGGCAUGACCAGGACUGCAAUCAGCCGCACACACAGGGCUCCAACCAGGACCUCUUCCCUCUCCCUAACCACCUCACCCCUGGCCACACCCCUCCCCUGGCUCACUGCCCACCCACAGCCCGGCCAGCUCACCUCUGGCAAGCCCCACCUCUCUACCCGCUCUGCACCUGCAGCCACUGGACAAGGAGUGUAUGUGAGGGACAAGGUCAUAGACAUGCAGGCUAAGGAGCUGUCUUACCUAGUCUCUGGUCUCAGUCCCUUCACUGACUACACCUUCACUGUUACCGCGGCUACUACUAUUGGAGAGGGACCUGCAACACGCGUCACUGAGAGGACUCGCGAACAGGUUCCUAGCUCAGUGGUGGGAGUGUCCUAUCAGAAUGUUAGCUCCACCUCUAUCCUGGUCAGCUGGACUCUGCCCCUCAACCCCAAUGGACGAAUCACACACUACACUCUCUACGGACUCAACCUACACAGCAACCGGGCCCUGCAGAGAAUUACACACAACACCAGCAUACUGCUCACAGGGCUGGAGAAGUAUACAGGUUAUAAACUGCGAGUGGCUGCAUCUACUGCUGUAGGAGAGAGCUCUCUGUCUGACCUAGAUGAUAUUUUCGCUGUCACACCCGAGGAUGAACCUGACACCCCGCCUGUAGGGUUAACAGUGGUAGACACUUCUCCCUCCACCACCACCCUCUCUUGGUCGCCCCCGGAGAGAGCCAAUGGGGUGAUCCAACAGUAUGAGGUUCUGUACGAGAACCAAUCGUAUGUGGCAGUGUUGAACAGCUCUGUCCCCAGAGUGACUCUGACAGGGCUAAGGCCGUUUUCAUACUAUAAUGUCUCUGUCAGAGCAUACACACGCAUCGGACAUGGGAACCACACCUCAGACACACUCACUAUGCUGUCUGGGGAGGACGUCCCGGGUAGUCCUUCCUACGGCCUGUCCUACGUGUCUGUCAGUUCCAAUGAGGUGAACGUGACAUGGGAGCACCCCCUGGUGCCCAACGGAGUUAUCACACACUACAGCCUUGAGCUGCGAAACUCCUCCCACUUCCUCAACCUGACCACACCCAUCAACCACGCCCAGAUCACACACCUGAGGAAGUUUGCGCAAUACACUCUGGUGGUGAAGGCACACACACGUAUUGGCUCCGGAAACCACAGCAGUGACCCUCUCAACAUUACCACUCUGGAGGACGUGCCCAGUGAUCCGGUCCACAACCUCAGUGCUCAGAUCUUCAGUUCUACGGCCAUUGUUGUAAGCUGGGACCCCCCUAUGGAACCCAACGGACGCCCCUUCUACCUGCUCACCCUGCAGGAGGCUGGACUCCCCCUUACCACUGAACCCCUGAACCCCCCUAAACCUAACAUCAACCCCCCCGGACCCCCCGCUGUCAACAAUACCAUCACCAAGAUAACCAAUGACAACGUCUUCCUGUUUACCAAACUCAGGAAGUACUAUCCCUACGUCUUCACUGUUACCCCAGCAACCAGUGCCGGUCCCGCCCACAACCACACCAGCCUGUUGCACGUAAGGACCGAUGAUGAUAUCCCCAGUUCAGCUCCAGUGCUGGUGUCCAGUAGGAACCUGUCGUCCACCUCAGUGUCUGUGGUGUGGCAGCGCCCCCUGGAGACCAACGGAGAGAUAACUGACUAUUCCCUCACCCUGUUCGGCCCUGGAGGCUCCAACACCACACACACCCCCAACACCACACUCACACUCACACUGCUGCUGCCCUACACAGCCUACAACCUCUCUAUCACCGCAGCCACCCGCAAGGGCUCCGGACCCCCGCUACUACUGAUGCUGCACACAGACGAAGCAGGUCCGAUGUCUCCUCCCCGGAACCUGUCUCUGUAUAACCACACAGCCUUCUCUGUGUGGCUGACCUGGGAACCCUCUCUGGAACCCAACGGUGUGGUCACACACUACGGCUUCAGGAUCCUGGAGAACAACACAAACACACUCACUUACCAGAACUCUACAGGUCCGUGGACAGAAGGACAGCUGAGUGGGAUCCGGCCUCACAGCUCCUAUGAGAUCAGUGUAUUUAGCUACACCAGAGUGGGUCAUGGAGACCAGUACAGCACUCCUGUGUCCUUCACAACCAAUGAAUCAGUGUCGGAGGUGGUGGGUAACCUGUCCUGCUCUGGUCUGGGCUGGGACUCUGUGUUUCUACACUGGGAGCCUCCAGCCAACCCCAAUGGACUCAUCCUGUACUACCAGGUGGACACACGCUCACAGGCAUACAUACACCAGGCUUACACAAACCAUUACACGGUCAGCGGGCUGGCGCCGGACGCAGAAUUCACACUCACCGUGACGGCUGUCAACUCUGCCGGCCCAGGAGACCAGGUCAACUGUACUGCCUACACACACCCCGAGUCAGUUCCUGGUGUCCCUCGCUUCCUGAGUGUGUCAGAGGCCACAGCCACCAGUGUAACGCUCCAAUGGGCUCCUCCCCUCUCUGCUCCGGGCAUGCUCACUGAGUACCGCAUCACCGUGCAGCUGCUGUCACCCGACUGCCAGUCUGACACACCCCUAGCUGAGGCCACACCCCUGCCAGAGCCGACCGCUGCCCUGGCUCCAGGCUGCGUCCAUCAGGAUGUGUUGGUGUCAGUGAAUGGUUCUGAUGGUGGUGAGGGCAACAGGAGCAUCACUCUACAGUCUCUGGCCAAGUACCGCCUCUACCGCUUCAGAAUCACAGCCCUUACGAAUGCUGGGCCAGGAGAACACACACCCUGGAAAUACACACACACACUGGCUGGGAACCCUGAUGCCCCUCCCAGUGACCUGUCAGUGACCAUGUCCUCCAACAGCCUCCGUAUCCAAUGGCAACACCCAGAUGUGAUCACCGGCCCCACCUCCUACAUCGUAGACGUUCUCUCUCUGGAUAGCGAGGGGUUAAACCAGUCUGUGGUACGCAGUCCAGAGGAGCUGAGGAUUGUAGUUGUGUCAAACCUGACUGCGUUCACUCGCUACUCUGUGACCGUGACCGCCUUCACUGGACCACUGGAGAACGCACGGCGGGACGGACAGGCCACUGAGCCCACUGUCAUCAGAACAAUGGAGGAAGAGCCCAGGGAUCCUCCUAAGAACGUGACCCUGCAGGUGAUUCCCGAGGAAGUGACCCGUGUGUUUGUGACCUUUGCCCCCCCUGAGGAACCCAAUGGGAACAUAAGUUCCUACACAGUGCUUGUCUACCGCCAGGGCCAGCUAGAGAUGACCAUUAACCACCUAAAUGGUCAAAAUAAGAACCGCACUCUGACCGCAGUCAUCGACGGGCUGAAGGGAGGCUACAACUAUAGUAUACGGAUUGCAGCAGUAAACGGAGCAGGUUUAAGCCCCCCCAGCUCAGAGGUUCGGAUCACUACUGGAAUCAUAGCUCCUGCCAAGCCCACCCAGAGACCCCAGGCUGUGCUGGACCGAGGAGGAGUUGCCAUGGUAACCUCCAGGAGCAUCAUUGUUCGCAUGCCAGCCUGUUUCUACAGCGAUGACAACGGACCAAUCAGUAGCAUCCAGAUCAUCGUGGCAGAAUCUGGGGUGAUGGACAGCAGGAACCUAACCAACUGGAAGAUCGCAUUCCUCUCUCGUCCCGCCCCCUACCUGACUGACAAUGGCUUCCCGAACCCACUCUGUGUGACGGACGACGAAAGCAGGGACACACACACACAAACCAGCAGACACAACAACUCACAGAUUAGACACAGAAUUGUGAGGGACAGGGUGCUGGACCGUAGAGACCACCAGGAAGACCACUAUGUUAUCGGAGAGGAGGGCAACUGUCUGACGGAGGAGUACAGUAACACACUCUGUAACGGACCCCUCAAACCAAACACUGUCUACGUGUUUAAGUUCCGAGCCACCAACAUCCGAGGCCAGUACACAGACUCUGACUACUCUGAGCAUAUCAGAACCGCAGUGGAUGGGUUGUUGACCAGAGAUGAACAGAUCAUUCUGGGAGUUCUCCUCUCCUUCUUCCUGGCCGUGCUACUCAUCAUCAUCAUCUAUGCCUCUGUCAGGAUCCGUCAGCGUCAGAAGGAGGGAGGGACCUAUUCUCCCCGGGAGGCGGAGAUUAUAGAGACCAAGUUUAAACUGGAUCAGAUGAUCACUGUGGCUGACCUGGAGCUGAAGGAAGAGAAGCUACACCGGUAUUCGUCCUUCUUCUUUAGACGGAAGGAGAUAUUUGUCAUCCAACUUCUCAGCUACAGAAAGUCUCUCAAGCCGGUCAAUAAGAAGUCUUUUCUGCAGCAUGUAGAGGAUCUGUGUGCCAACGAGAACGCCAAGUUCCAGGAAGAGUUCGCAGAGCUGCCCAAACUUCUGCACGACCUGGCUACAUCAGACGCUGACCUUCCCUGGAACAGAUCCACAAACCGCUUCACUAACAUCAAACCCUACAACAACAACCGUGUUAAGCUGCUGUCUGAACCUGGCUUGCCUGGAUCUGACUACAUCAACGCUAGCUUCAUCUCAGGCUAUCUGUGUCCCAGUGAGUUCAUAGCGACCCAGGGUCCUCUCCCCGGUACUGUGGCUGACUUCUGGAGGAUGAUCUGGGAGACUCGCACACAAACCAUUGCUAUGCUCACACAGUGCUAUGAGAAAGGAAGGAUCCGGUGUCACCAGUACUGGCCAGAAGAUAAUAAGCCGGUGACAGUAUUUGGGGACAUCAUCAUCACCAAGUUGACAGAGGACGUCUAUCCUGACUGGACCGUCAGAGCUCUCAAAGUGGAGAGGCAUGGGGACUACAUGGUGGUUCACCACUUCAACUACACCUCCUGGCCAGAGCAUGGUGUACCAGAGUCCAGCACCACACUCAUACAGUUUGUUCGAGCCAUCAGAGCCAACAGGCAUGCGAACACUACUAUAGUGGUGCACUGCAGUGCUGGCGUGGGCAGGACAGGAGUGUUUAUAGCGCUGGAUCACCUGAUCCAACACGUCAGUGAUCACGACUUUGUGGACAUCUACGGCCUGGUGGCUGAACUCCGCAGUGAGAGGAUGUGUAUGGUGCAGAACCUGGCCCAGUAUAUGUUCCUACACCAGAGUACUCUGGACCUGCUGAACAGUAAAGGAAACAGCCAGUCCAUCUGGUUCGUUAACUACUCUGCUCUGGAGAAGAUGGACUCACUGGACGCUAUGGAGGGUGAUGUUGAACUGGAAUGGGAGGAGACUACGAUGUAAAGGCUGAGAACUUCUCAGUCAACUUCACACCUGAUAAACACACC